CAGCACCAGCACCAGCACCAGCACGUGCUGAUGCGCCUGCUUCAAAUGCCACCGAGAGUGCCGCGGUCGACGCUGCGAUGCAGGACCGAGAGGAGCAGGUGUCGCACCAGGUCCGCCUCAUUGCCGAGAUGGAGACAAAGGGGCUGCCUGUUGAGCACUAUCGCAGCACGUUCCUACAGCAGCACGCAGAACGUGGCGAACCGCAAUACUUUACACACUACAUGCAGGCAGAGGCCCUUGCCGAAAACGAGGAGUGGCGACGGCUGCUGUUGCAAGCGUACGCGCGUGCCCCGGCAUACACGGCCACAGCAGCGCUGCAGCACCUGCGGCAGAGCGGGUUCGAGGUUGACCGCCAAUGGACGCACGAGUGCAUUGAGGCGUACACAGAGGCCGGCCGCCCGCAGGAGGCGAGCGACCUGCUGCUCAGGCUGCUCGACUACGAGAAGAAGCCGUGGACUGGCGCGCGGCGCCUGUACACGCAGGUCAUCUCCCGCCUGUGCAAGGAGGGCGACCCCAUCAGCGCCAUCGAGGUGGUGCACGCCUUCCUCAAGUACAACGUGCUCAUCAACAACCACACCUUUCGCCUCAUCAUGGACACGCUCGCCACGCGCGGCAAGUACAAGGAGGCGAGCGAAUUCUUCAACGCCAUGCUGGCCACGGGGCUCGUGCCGCACAGGGGCGUGUACCGUGCGUUUCUCGACGCAUACCUCGCUGCAGGGGAGCUGGAGGAGGCAGCUCGCCUGGUGGAUAUUAUGGCGCGAAGCGGUGUUGUCGACGACUGGGAGCACGCGCGCGUGGAGAUGUACAACCGCGUGUUCCGCGGCCUCCUCGCCAACGAGUCUGUGAAGAGCGCAAAAGCAUAUGCCCUCACGGCGCCCAAUUUCCGAUUCCACAUGGACAGCCACUCGUGCAAAGAGGUGGUGCGCUUGUACGAGACGGGUGCGCUGCCGGCCUCAACGGCCCUUGUGCUCUUCCAAACCCUCGGCGCAAUCACCCCAGACACGCUCGCCAGCUUGUGCGACCUCGCACAGGCCAUGAGCAAGCGCGUCACAGCUCCGACAACAACAGCAUCGACAGCAACCGCAGGUACAUUGACAGCAAUACCAGCAACAACAACAACGACAGCGAGUGCGACUGGUGCUCGUGCGACAGGUGCUCGUGCGGGCACAACAGCCACCGCGGGCGCCGCUGAUAUUGGAGAGCUCGACUCCCUGCUCACGCUGAUUCAGCGCAUUCGCUCCUUCCUGCUCACAUCCCAGCGCGCAAGCGGUGGCGGCAGCUCCAGUCAUGCGAACGUCGCAGACGCCGCUGCUGCUACUGCGCGCGAUGCAUUUUCCCGCAAGACCGACGCUGCAGUUGGCAAAGACGGAGAAGCAGUGCCCACAUCCUCGCCAUCAUCGUCGUCAUCAUCAUCGUCGUCGUCGUCACAACCCCCAGCUGAACGCCGUGGUGGGGCUCCCGUGCUGGAGCACUUGGGCGAUUACACGGCCGAUUCGCUGCGCACCGCCGCCGAGCACAUGCUUGAUGCUGUUGGCCGUGCUACCACGUCGCAAGGGGCAGCAGCUUUAACAGCAGCAACAGCAGGUUCUCUCAAGGUUGACGGUAGUGUUGUGGACGCGCUGCUUGCUGCACUGCACAUGCGCGUACAGCGGCAGGAGUGGGUUGAGGCCAAGGCACUGCUCAAGGACGUCUAUGCCAUCAACACGGACCUGAGCGAGGCGCAACGCUCACAUCUAGUGGAGACCCUGAAGCAGGCGCGACAGCAGUGGGCCGCCAGCAAACACCUGCUUGAGGCAGCAAGCGAACAUUCACACCCACACCCAACACCAACAACAGGAAAAGGCGCAGCGACAGCCACAACAGAACAAGUAGCAGCAGCAACUCCAGUGACAACGACAGCAACAGCAACAGCGACAGAGACGCAUGCCACCCCGACUCCACCUACAACGGUCACAUCAUCGCCUGUGAGCAUGGGCAAGACCGAGGAUCUCAAGGCGUUUCUGACAGCAUACGACAGCCUCGUCAACCCGCAGUUUGCCAUGGCCUCGAAGGAGCUUGAGCUGGCGGCGGCGGUCAAGGAAGGCAGCGUUGAUGGCGCGUUUGCCGUCAUUGCCGCCAUGAAGAGCGCAGAUUUGACCGUGAGUCAUCGUCACUAUGCGCAGGUUGCCUCGCUGGUGGGCAACGAUCCAGAGGUGCUUCUCUUCCACUUUCGGCGGCUGAGCCAACGCGGCCUGUCCUUUGCCACGACGGAGGUUGACUGGCUUGUGCGCCACCUGGUGCGCCAUGGGCUGCUGGGCCGUGCGCUUGACGUGCCGGCUGCGCUACCCUCAUAUCGCCCCUCGCACAUCAUCCUGCGUGAGCUCCUUGUUGCCGCUGCCACCAGUGGCAGCGCCGCUACACCCGCACCAGCAGCUCACAGUGCAGGUUCAUCAACCAGUGCCACCAGUACGGCCGCAGUGCCCUCGCCUCCAACUACGCCACCACCACCAACGCCAUCACCAACACCGACGACUGCCGCCUCCUUGCUGCCUGCUGCGCUUGAGCUGUACGUGAGCGGCGGCGCGUCCUUCUCGCAGGCGGAGGUGGAGGUGCUUGCAGACCUGUUCAAGCCAGAGGCCCUCGGGGCUGUGGUGGACAUUGUCAACAAGGCGUACGCGCUGCAGCCCACGCUGGUUGAUGACCGCGCAUUUGUGACCCUGGCUGAGCGGCUUGUGGAGGCAGGCCUGACGCAGCAUUGCCUGUCACUCGUCGACAUGUGUCACAGCAUCAACGUUACCCUGCCCCCGCGCGUGUACACGCUGCUUGCGCACCAAGUGCUUGCCCAGCACGGCUGGUCUCGCUUCACGCGGCUGCAAGACAGCAUGGCGCAUGUCGGUGUGUACUUCAAGCGGGAGGAUCGGCAACAGCUGCGCCAGCGCGCCGAGGCUGCAUGGAAGAAGGAUUCAAGUGCCGUUCACCUGCUCAGCUCGAGGGCGGAUGUAAAAGGCUUGGUGCAGCGUGCGCUUGACAUGACGCUAGACGCGGGGCCACCACACGUGUUCUGCACACGCGCCGUUGCCGAGGACACGUGCUUUGAGCUGAUUCGCCAGCGCCAGCACACCACGCUUGCCGAGUUUGUCGCGUACAUGGACGCACAGCUGCUGCCCGUGCCGGACAAGGUCAUGGCGGCGCUCCUGCACCUUGCACGAGAGGCAAAGGACCCGGCUACGUGCAAAUGGGUGGUGACCUUCUGCCACACGCACGGCAUGCGCAUCCCUGCUGCCUCCGUGCGCCUGAUUACAGAGAGCCUGCUCGAACACGGGCAACGCGCAGCGGCGAUUGACUAUCUCUUCUACAGCAUGGACGCCUUUCCGCUCGUGUGCCGGCCGGCAAUGAUCCAAAGCAUCGUGCAGAACGUGCCAGCAAGGACAGCACGCGCCACCCUGCAGCAGGUGACGGAACGGGCACUGGACACCAACUCGGGCAAGGUGCUCAACGCGUUGCUGGACUACCACAUUGAGAACGAGCGCCCGGCAGAGGCGGCAGCGCUGUUCACGCAGGUGGUGCAGCAGAAGAAGCACCUCAAGCACAAGCGCGAGUACUUUCGCACGCUCGUCAGCCAGCUCUUGCAGGACGGCGACGGCCAACACGCACACCAGCUGCUGACGACCCUGGCUCCGCUCGGCUUCAACGCAGACAAGGACACGAACCUUGCCCUGCUCUCGUACCACAGCAGCCGCGGCGCCAUUGGGGAGGCCGAGGCGCUUCUGCAGGCUGUUGCCGAAUCCGGCCACCGUGUCAAGGAUGCCAUGUACACCACCGUGGUUCUCGGGGCUGUUGGACACCGCGCAAUCACGCGUGCAGAGGAGCUGUUUGCGCGCAUGCUGGCCGAGGACAGAACAGACCUGCUGCCGUCCAUGCUGGCACUUGCGCGGUAUUACAUGGAGCACGGCGACUACGACGCCGUCAACAAGCUCGCCCAGACACAUGUGCUGCUGGGCAAAGUGAAGCAGAGGCCAGAGGAGGAGGCCCAGUUGCAGCGCUUCUUCGAACAGGCGAGCCAGCGCGCUGGUGGGCUCUCGACUGGUGGCGCUGAUGGUGCUGCGUCCACCUACUACAGCGACGGCAGUGAUGACGAUGAAGACUUGCUUGCGUCGCGCACGGACACGAGCAGCGAGGGUGAGCUUGUUGGGGACUCGGCCAGUGCACCUGGUGCAGCGGCAGCAAGUUCCUACGAUGAGAGUGAUAUCCUUGCUGAUGGCAGCGACGACGGUGAUUUGGAAGGGUUGGUCGUCGCCACUACUGGCGCCACGAGCAACAGUGGCGGCAGUGGCACGGGUGCAUUCGACUUGCGCCAUUUCUUGUCCUUUGGCGAUGAGGACCCUGUCAGCGAUGUUGCUGGGCGUGGCCACAACGACCACGGCGGUGAGGAGGAGGUCAGCGCAGUGAAAGCGCCACUCAACAGCGUUCGGGACACGGCAUUGGAGCAGGCACAACCACAGCCACAACAACACAACAAGCGGCAGGAACUUACUCAGCUGCACAAGCAGCCUCAAACCACGCAUCUUCAGCGCCAAUCACAGCAGAAACAACAGCAGAAACAACAGCAGCAACAAGAGAAGCAGCCACAGGGACGACAGCAACAAGCUACAUCAAUGCAGGGGACUGCUGCUUCCACUGACACGGAGGCUGCUGACACAGAGUCGAGUGAUAGUCCCAAGGAUGUGGACGUCGCAGCCCGCCUGCGCAUGGCGUUGGCACGCGGUGCACACGUGACGCUGGCAACGGAGGAGGACGUGGAUGAGGCAAUGACGUUGCUUGAGUCGCUUGCACACGCAGGACAGGUGCAGCAGUGCCUCACACUCCGCAAUGCACUUCUCCACCCGCUCACCCCUGCGCAUGCACCCGCCAGUGCUGGUCGUGCGAGUGCAGGUGGUGUUGGGGAGGGGACGUAUGACGAUGCCGCCGCCGCCACGCGCGCGUCUUCCGCAGUGGAGCCGCUGCUGUGCCUGGCGUUUGCCGUGGCAGACCAGCCAACAGCAGCGCGCGAGCAUGCGCGGCGCGUGGCCCAAACCGAUGAGCACCUGGGUGCGGAGUGCCUGCGGGCGACUAUUGGCGGGUGUCUGGAGGCCAACAACCCCUGGGCGGCGUAUGAGGCGCUGCAGGAGAUGGUAGCGAGCGGUGUGGAUGUGCGAGCAAGCGACUUUGUUGACGUGUUGGAGGUGAGCAUCGAGGCUGGCAACCGCAGAAACGUGGCACGCGUGCUGUCGCUCAUGGACACAUCGCACGUGCAGCCGAACUUGCGUGUGUACCGGCUGCGUCUUGAUGACCUGCUGGCGCGUGGGGACAUGAACGCGCUCGCAGUCGUGCUUGAGGAAGCGCUGUCGCACCGCCGCUUCCCGCGCCGCGCCUUCACCAAGUACAUUCGCCUCGUGUACGGCGCUGACGACCACGAGGGCGAGGAGCAGCAGCGCGAGCGCAGGCUUGCUGCCGCUGUUGCCGGCGCAGGGAAGGUGGCGGCGGCGCUGUACGCACACGCGCCGCUGCCGCGCAAAUUUGAACACAAGGACGCUGUGCGCGCUGCUCGCGUGUUUGCGAUGCUGGCCGAGGUGGAGCUGGCCGAGCGGCUGGUGGAGGAGAUGGAGGGCCGCGGUGUGGAGACGGGGCCGGCAAUCUGGAACGCGCUGUUGCGGGCAGCCGCACGUCGUGACGGUGUGGCGGGUGUGCUAGCGAGCGCGCAUGCCAUGCACGCCGCAGGGCAGCCCUUUGAUGCCGGGUCGUAUGCUGCGGUGCUCUCGGCGCUGGUGUCUCCGCACGCCAGCAGCGAGGAGAGCAUCUACCCGCCGCCACUGGCAUCGUCGCAGCCGCCGCACGCGGGACCGGCAGCAGACAGUGAUGAGGAACCUGGUUGGGCUCACAAGCCGCCCCACAGCCACCAACACAGGCGGGUAGUGGCGGCUGUGGCGAGGACGCCUGGCGCCAGCGUGGAGGACGCGCAGUCUCCAGAAAGCGCCGUCAGCACGCUGUGCGGGUUCCUGCAGGUGCUUGAGCGGCCGUUGUCGCUGUCUGCGUUCCACGCCAUUCUGGAGAGCUGCGUGCAGCUUGGGCAGCCUGACCUGGCGCAGGCGACGGUGAGCGCCAUGCAAGCGCGUGGGGUGCGGCCGAGCGUCCGCAGCUGCGAGCUGCUGAUGCGCACACACGAGCGGCACGGCGAUCUUCGCGGUGCAGAGCGCGUGUUGGAAUCGAUGCACAGCUGGGGGCUGCGGCCACCUGUGCCGCUGUUCAGGCGGCUGCUACAGGUGUAUGCGUUUGGGGGCCGGCCAGAGGACAUCACGCGCGUUGUGGAGCUGAUGCAGUCGGAAGGGAUUGACCUGAACGAGGACAGCAUCAACGCGCUGGUGGCCGCGUACUGUUCGUCGGGCCGCCCACUGCAGGCCAAGACAGUGGCAGACAACCUGGAGGAUGCCGGGUACACGGUGACGCACGUGGCAUACAGCAACCUGAUGAAGGCGUUUGUGCGCGAGCGCCACUUUGACCGGGCGGUGGAGGCCUUUGAUCGUGUUGCCGAGAGCGGGCAGCCAAACGCAUACAGCUUCCAUCUCGCCCUCGUGUUGGCGGAGGCGCUCGGGGACAAGGAGUUGGACAAGCGGGCUCGGGCGCUGCUUGCUGCUGCAAACAUGGCUGUUGACCCACGGCUGCUGGCAGCGCUGCGAAGACAGCUGCAGGGACAGCAGCAGCAGCAGCAGCAGCAGCAGUGA